UGUAAAUAUUUACGUUCUUUAAGUUUCGAAUAAAUAUUUUUAGUAGUUUUUCGUUUGGGAAAAAAAAAUGAUCGACGAUAAUAUAUCCAUGGAAGAGGAUACCGAAUUACGGGAGUUGGUCGUACAGACGCUCGAGAAUAAUGGAGUCCUUGCCAAAGUUCGAGCAGAAUUGAGAGCGAGUGUGUUCCUAACUUUAGAAGAACAAGAAUCCGUACUGAAUCCUGAGCCAUUUUUGAACAAAUCAGUAAAGCAGUACCUGUCAAGUUCACAAGGAAAAAUUUUGUUUUCGUUAGUCAGAGAGUUCCUAGAGUACUUUGGUCUUGAUUAUACAAUGUCAGUGUAUGAUCCUGAAACAUACUGUGGUAAAGAAUACAAUUACAUGGGUAGACAAAAACUCAGCGAAGAGUUUGGAAUUGAUUCUAAAGAACCAUUACUUGGUGAACUAUUGAAAAAUAUUUUAAAUAGUGCCUUAAACCAUUCGCAUAAAUUAGUGAAAAAAUCCUACAUUAAUGAGCCACCAACGCCUGAUAGGAGCACAGAAAAAGUAGAAAAUGUUACCUUUGAUGUCAGUGUUCCAACAGUUUCACAAAAAGAAUCAAUUUCCAAUUGUAAUCUUAGCAUAGAGGAAGCAGAAAGCGAAUCUGGUUCUAACAUGGAGAUGCCUAUUAAUGUGACAAUAAAAAAAAAACAAAAUGACGAUGCAACUAACAAAAAAGCUACUGAUAAUUUAGUUUCUACAAUAUCCAAGCCUUCAACUUACGAAAUUAAUAGGAAUUUAAAGCAACACAGAGAGAAAGACCAUUUACUCGAAAAUGUCACUUAUCAAAGUAACAGUUUAAAAGAUCAAAUUAAUUCAAAUAUUAAUUGUACAGCAGAUAACCAAUCAGAUGUAACCACGAAUCAAGAAACUCAUCAAAACAAGAUAAGCCUCAUGGAAUUUCAUACAGCAAAUAACUUAAGGAAUAUAAAACAAGCUGAAUCAUCGAAAAAAACAGGGAAAACUAUUUUUUUUGACGAAAUAAUUGUAGAUGGGGUGAAGGAGAAACUCCCAGAAGCUAAAGAUGACAAAUUGUUACUAGAUAACUUGCCACCACUGCCAAUUUCCAAUAAUUCAAUAUUUGGUGAUCUACCACCAUUGAAUGGUAAAAAAGCUAAUAUAGAUGACUUGAAAGAAAUUUUAGACAUGGCUGAAGGUGUUUCUUACAACGAGGAAGAUUUGUCAUCAGCAUCUGGUAGUGCCAGUGAUCAGAGCCCUCAAAAAGAAAAGUUUACCUCUAAAAGUCCAGAAACUUACAUAAAUAAACAAUAUGUUCUAAGUGAAAAUGAAAGUGAAGAAAUAGAUGAAGAAAUAUGCAGUAAUACCUCUUGCCUUGACAAUUCACCAGAAAAAACCGAUAAAAUAAUCGUUGUUGACUCUAAUUAUCACAAAAACUAAACUUGAUAUAAAACUAUUGAGUCAACUGGAAGAGAACGUUCAAAAAUGCAAAUAAGCCUUAAAUUGUUAUUGUUUUUAUAAUAAAAUAGUUAAAUCAAUGUUUUAUAAAUUUAUAGAACAAUCACAACUAAAACAUGGUUUUGAAAAAAAACUACACAUAAGUGAUUAUGUACAUGAAACAGCACACAUUUAAU